AUGCAUCAGGGGAAAGGACCGCGGGUCGGGUCCUCUCCUAUCGCGGGAGCUUUUUCCUGUGACGUUGUGGCUCGAUCUCGAAAUCUCGGGUCGGCGUAUGAGCCUCACUUGUUGGUGUCUGCGGGCUCGGGACCGGUGAGAGCUGCAACAGAGCAGGGAAGGGCCGACACGGUAGACGGGCAGGGUCCGGGACUUUUCGCUGACUCCAAAGAGGAUGGGAGUCAGCGCUCAUCUGCUAACCACACCCGGGUGCUGGUGCGGGCGGCUACGAGAGUGUGGACCGACAGAUCAGACGAUGAUCUCCGUUCGAUGAUUCCGCUUGAAGAAGAAGCUCUAGCGGCAUGGAUGAUGGGGGCUAUCAUGCUCCAGUCUUCGCCUGGAUUUUUGGUGUGCACGCACCCGAGGGUUACGCGAGUUGUAAUGCUUGAUUUUUUCGAAGAGUACCUGGAAGGGAAGGUCAUUGCGAUUGUCCCUCCGUACGUGCGCAUGCCUCAGUACAUCGCCGAGAAAACUUUGCUACUCCAGCUCUUGGAACGCAGUGAGGGGCAGACGGAGUCCGAUGUCAUGAGUCGGGAAUUGGUCAAGGGCGCCAAGCGGACCAGUUACGAUGCCGAAACGAGGCGACUGACUUUCAUUAUGCCGGAUCAAGCGGCAGCAGCAAGAUGGCAUGCAAACAUGAUUUUGGUUCGCGGAAAGCGUCUUAAGCUGUUGUGCCCGGCCACUAUGGAGCGCGAAGACAUUAUGUAA